AUGUCAUCUCUAGAAAAAUCUCUCUUUCAGCUAAAGUUUACAGCGAAACAGCUGCAGAAGCAGUCUCGCAAAGCCGCCAAGGAUGAGACGUCAGAGAAAGCCAAGCUCAAGAAGGCGCUCGAGCAAGGCAACACAGAUGGCGCAAGGAUCUAUGCUUCCAAUGCGAUACGCAAGAAGACGGAAUCGCUCAAUCUACUCAGGCUAGCAAGCAGAAUCGACGCGGUGAGUAGUCGGGUAGAGACAGCAGUGACGAUGCGUCAAGUGACGGGCAACAUGACCGCCGUCGUCAAGAACAUGGACAGAGCCAUGGAAAGCAUGAAUCUCGAAAAGAUCUCAAUGGUCAUGGACAAAUUCGAGACCCAGUUCGAGGAUCUCGACGUCCAGACGAACUACAUGGAAGGAGCAAUGAGCGAUACAUCAGCUCUAUCGACGCCGCAAGAUCAGGUCGACAAUCUCAUGCAACAGGUUGCAGACGAGGCAGGACUGGAGAUGCAGCACAAAGUGGGCGAAAAUACAGUGGCGGGCAAGGUGGACGAGCUCAAGACGCCCCUGCGAACGGAAGAGCAAGAUGACCUCCUCGCUCAACGCCUCCGAGCACUCAGACCGGCUGUAUAGAUCCCUCGCAUAACACGAUCAUGAAUUUGUACGACAACAGUGUUGAAUCUGUACACUGUACACACUUUCUUUGCCAUGCAGGCAUGACUUUCCGCUCGAGAUCUUGCGUCUU